AUGCGGACAUCAUUUACUAUCAGUCUCCUCGCUGUCGCGCCAUAUUUGGCUGAAGCCGCAAAGAGCACUACCAAGUACUCUACUGAAACCGUCUUUCUACCCCAGAGAAAGACUGGAAGUGCAACGAAUAUUUACGCCUCCCUUAUUACAGAAACCGGCUCAAAGACAGAAUAUCUCCUCGCCUGUCAGACAAACUUUGGCACUUCAUACUCUUGCGAUGGAGACUUUCACGGUAUUACUGUUACUUACCAAGAGUCGAGCAUGAAUCUUGCUGUCAGCUCAACAACAUACGACUGCUCCCUGGGAUCUGGCUCAGCUGUUUGCGCAACCAUUACUGCAACCCAGACUGAAUCCGUGCAGUCGCGAACCAUUCCUUCGUCGGAGAGUGAGCGCUGGAUGACGCCUAUCACUUUCGUUGAUCUUGCGAAGAGAAAGACUCCUAGUACCAAAUCUACUGCUUCGAAAGCAACGGAGACGGCGAGUAACAAGCUUUGCAAGAGGAAGACUCCCCAUGGAAGUUCGGACUCCGGGGACAGUGGAAGCAGUGGUAGUAGUGGAAGUAGUGGCAGCAGUGGUGAUGACAGCAGUGGUUCCAGCAGUGGUUCCAAGAGCGGUUCGGGAUCUGCUGCCGAUGAUGAUGAAGACGAUAGCGGUAGUUCAUCCGCGAGCCCUACCAAGAAGAAGAACAAUGAUGACGAUGGAUGCUCAGCUGGGUCAAUUACUUCUUGGAGCUGGGGAGUUAUGGCUGUUGGGCUGGGCGGUUUCCUUGGUGUGAACAUGGCAUAA